CAUCAUAAUCUCAACCCUCCCAUUUAUUUAACUCAUCUUUUACUUGGAUUCCAAGUUUAAAAAACAAUAUAAUUACCCCACUACUCGAUCAAUCUUCUUCAUUUUAAUUUCACAAGCUCCGUCAAUGGCGAAACUCACCAAAACCGAGUACUUGAAACAACAAAAGGGCAGACUACACAUCGCCAACUUCUUGGCUGCGAUGAACUAUCAUGAUGAUGAUCUUCAAACAACCAUCAAGAUCAUGCGCCACAAACUUCUUGAGAUUCAACAAAGGGAAUCAUCUGCUGUCAUCAACAAACCUCAAACAGUUCGAAAGAUUAUUUUCAAGUUCGGUGGAUCAAAAACACUUCUUCAUAAACACGAUGACAUGGAAAAAGAUUCAAGAAACGCGUCACAUUCGGAAACCCUAAUGUGUAAGCGACAGAAGAAAAGCGAGGAGGGUGUGAUGGAUUUUAUAAAAAGUGUGGGUGGGUCGGAGGCUGAGUUUGUGAUCGAGAAGAGGCUCACGGUUUCGGAUGUGACCCCGAACCAGGGGCGGCUGCUGAUCCCGGUGUUACAACUCAAGAAUAAGAAGGGUUUCUUGACGGCGGAUGAGGAAACAAUGAUGGGAAAGAAAGAAGACGUAAGUGUGUGGGUGUUUGAUCCCGAAAGGCGUAAAUCGACAUUGAAUCUGGCAAAGUGGCAGAUGAGUAAAGAAUGCUAUGUGUUGAAAACCAACUGGAACCAUGUGGUCAAGACAAAUGGGUUCAAGGAAGAGAUGGUGAUACGGGUUUUGUCCUUUAGAGUUGACCAUCAACUUUGUUUUCUGCUUGAUCGUGUUUGUAGAAAUAUAUGA